AUGAAGCCAGAGAUGAGAAUCCCGCCGGGUCCCUAUUCUCCCUCAACCCACCCACACAUACCCAUGGAAAACCUCCAAGUGGGAUGCCUCUACCUUAUGAUAUCCGUUCCAUUGCGCAUCUACAUCGGCCGCAAACAACACACCUACUCCACCGACCUCCCAUCUGGUCAGGAAAUUGACUAUAGUACCUACGAACUCGGCGUUUCCGACGGCCAUCUGACCGAGGAGUUCCACUGGGAUCUCUACUGGCACACCUCCAACCACACCAUCCCAGCCGCUUCCUCCAGCAACAAGGCCAACAUCGCCAACAACGGUAGCGGCAUACUCUACCGGCUCCGCAGCCUAGGGUCAUAUCCCAAGACUUACGUUUGCGACCGCAUCCCCGUCAUCCGUGUGCGCACGCACUCCCAGCUCGUAGGCCUGGUGAGAGUAAUCAGCGUGCCCGUCUCCGUCGUCCCGCAUCUGACACGCUACCUCGACUGGAUGACCAAAGAAUCCGCCGGCGCUGCGAAGAGAAGCUAUGUGUGGGCCACCAUGGCUUACUACCGCACACGCGCCCACUUGGCAAAGGGGAACGGUGUCCAAGAUCACAGCUUCAACCAGUUCGACGUUUCGCGGUUCACCGCCGAGGUGCUUUCGUUCGCGUACAAGAACGUGCCGCAGUUGAUACAUUCCGACGCCUCGGAGAUGAGCUUGAGGCCAGUUAUUGCGUCUUGGAUGGGCAUCACGCUUGGGUUUCUUGAUGAUGAUGAUAUUGUGGCGACAAUAAGAAAGAGGGAUGAGCUUCUGAGAAGGCAGAAAGAGGAGUUUGGAGCCGUCUCGGCGUGCUGGUAUCACUGA